AUGGACAGGUCAAAAGAGUUUCGUUGUAGUGACCAACUCUUCAUAUCCUGGGCUAACCCUCAGAAGGGCAAGCCCGUUACCAAGCAACGCCUCUCCCACUGGAUUGUGGAAGCGAUUGCUUUGGCCUAUACGAGUACAGUUUUGGUGGAAAACAUGCAGAUAAAUGGCCGUGCCCAAGACCCAGGCCGGACCAUCUCACUGACGUUACUGGACAACUAUGACUACUGGGUGAUACUCGAUCCCACCCGACAGAGGCUCUACCUGAACAGCACCGGGCGCAUUCUGGACAGAGACCCCCCCAACUACAUCACUACCAUCGUGGUUCAGGUCCAGUGCUACAAUGAGCUGGUUGGCACUGUCAUCUUUCACGAGGUACGGAUUGUUGUGAGGGACAAAAAUGACAACAACCCUCGCUUUCAGCAGCCACGCUACUAUGUUGCGAUAAACGAGCUCACACCAGUUGGAACGACCAUUUUCAAUGGCUUCUCUGGGAAUAAUGGAGCUACGGAUAUUGACGACGGACCCAAUGGACAUAUAGAAUACAGCAUACUUUACAACCCCAAUGACCUGGGAUCUAACAGAACAGUGAGUGUUGCCAACACUCUUUCAGGACACAUUAUUCUGGCUGAGAGGCUAAACUAUGAGGAGAGAACUCGCUACCUUGUUUUGGUCCAAGCCAAUGACCGUGCUCCAUACCCCCCGAACAGACGGACAGCUACGACUACUCUGACUGUGGACGUUCUGGACGGAGACGACCUGGGCCCCAUGUUCCUGCCUUGCAUUUUGGUGAACAACACUCGAGACUGCAACCCCCUCACCUACCGUGUUGCUAUCCCAGAAUUCACUGAACCGAGCAAACUGAACCCACUGAAUGUGACCCCUGCGAUCCGGGCCGUGGACAUGGACAGGAACAUACAGCCCCCGUCAAACAGACCCAACAUUCUUUACUACAUCCUAGUUGGUCAUCCAGUAGCAUACCGAGAGUAUUUCUCCCUGAACAGAACCACUGCAGAGCUGCGUGUUCUGCAGCCUAUCAGCAGGGACUUGUACCAACGUUUCACACUCAUCAUCAAGGCUGAACAGGACAACGGUCACCCCCUCCCGGCCUACGCUGACCUCAUUAUCGAAAUCCUGGAUGAGAACAACCAGGCACCGUAUUUCCAGUUUGCCACCUAUCAGGGCUAUGUGAGUGAGUCCUCCCCAGUGGGAACGACUAUCUCCGCCAGUGCCAACCUCACUGCGCCCCUGGGAAUCAUCGCUCUGGAUAAUGACAUUGAGGAGACAAAAGACCCCUUGGUGAAGAUUACCCUGGAUGACUACACCACGAUCUUCAGCCUGACCCCAACUGGGAUAAUCCGCUACCUGAAGUUGAUCAAACCUGUGGAUCGGGAACAGCAGAUGGUCUAUACUUUCACGAUGGUCUCAUCGGAUGGCGUCCAGCAGAGUACCCCGGUCACUGUGAACAUCCUGGUCAUUGAUGCCAACGACAACACGCCCACGUUUCCCGAGGUCUCCUACAGCGUUGAAGUCUUCACAGACAUGCAACCCGGGGAGACGGUUCUACAGUUAACCGCAACAGAUGCUGAUGAGGGACUGAAUGGUCAGGUGACCUAUGAGAUACUGGCAGGUGCCCAGGGAAUUUUCAUCAUCAGCAACCGCACUGGACGCAUCACUGUGGCUCCUGGUGUCACUUUAACUGUGGGACAAUCUUACGCUCUGACCGUCAAGGCCUCUGACAGCGCACCAGAGAUCCAGAGAAGGAGCUCAAUCACUACAGUUUACAUUGAGGUUCUGCCUCCCAACAACCAGAGCCCUCCGCGCUUCCCUCUCCUCACAUACAACCUGGAAAUCAGCGAGGCUAUGAGGAUCGGAGCCAUUCUGCUUAAUCUACAGGCCACAGACAGAGAAAAUGACCCGAUCACAUACCGCAUUGUGAGUGGGGAUUCCCAGAAGGUCUUCAACCUCUCUGAAACGAUUGGCCUUCUGCUUCUGAGAGACCCUCUGGACAGAGAGACCACAGAUCAGUACCGUCUGAUUGUCACAGCCUCCGACGGCAACCCUGGAGGGACAUCCACUGCCACUGUGAACAUUGUCGUCACUGAUGUCAACGAUAAUGAUCCGGAGUUUGACCCGACCAUAACCACUAAUUUUACUGUUCAAGAAGAGGAGGCCAAUUUGUUUGUCGGACAAGUCAGGGCCACAGAUCCAGACGCAGGGCUUAAUGGCCAGGUGCGCUACCGGAUUGUGAAUCAUCCUGAUUUGUUCACAAUCAGUGCUAAUGGCAGCAUCUACACAAGAGUGCCUCUCGACCGGGAGCGCAGGAGCCAAUUUGACCUGGUGGUAGAAGCUUCAGAUGGGGCCGUAGAUCCACGGCGGACCACCUUGACCCUCUCAAUCACUGUCAUGGAUAUCGAUGACAACAGCCCAGUCUUCUCCCAACAAACUUAUGUGGUGAACGUACCCGAGAACAGCCCUUUAGGGACUGUGAUCCUAAAGCUAAGCGCGGUGGACUCGGACCUCUUCUCCAAUGUCACGUAUCGGAUCAAGACUGAAUCUGCCAGGCAGCUGUUUUCUCUAAACCCAGUCACGGGGGAGUUAGCUGUGCUGCAGACACUGGACUUUGAGGACCUGGCAGCUAUGGGCAUGGGGGCCUCGCACACCUUCCAGGUGGAAGCUGUCGACCAAGAAGGGCUCAUGCCUCCUGGGCAGGCCACAGUCACGGUCCGCAUCACGGACAUGAAUGACUUCUCCCCCAUCUUUACCCAAGACCUGUAUACAGGCAUGGUGGCACCCAAUGCAGAGAAAGGAACGGUCAUCACAACUGUUUUUGCUGAGGACCGAGACCCACCAGGCACUCCGGCAAGUUUUGUCCGCUACAGAGUGGACCUGGACAUGUCACCGUACAGCGGGAGCAUCUUUGAUGUGGAAGAGGAAACUGGAAGGAUCAUCACUAAGGUCAACCUCAAUGAGGAGCCCAGUGUCACCUUUAAGUUGUUUGUGAUAGCCUUUGAUGAUGGAGAGCCGGUGAAGACUAACAGCACAAUGGUGGAGAUCACUGUUCUUCAGCCUUCCCGCAUCCCGAUCUUCACCCAGGAAGAGUACAGGUUCCCUUUGGUUAGUGAGCUGGCUCCAUUAGGCACACGGGUCGGGACUAUUUUCGCUGCUGCUAUCAAUCAAACCAUCUUCUACUCCAUUGUUGCAGGAAAUGAACUAGGUCAUUUUCAGGUUAACAACAGGACAGGUGUCAUCUCAACAGCUAAACCUCUGGAUUAUGAAAAUGUGACGAGCUAUGUGCUUCGGGUCCAGGCUGACUCCAUGUUGGUUGUCAUGUCCAACCUGCGUGUGCCUUCUAAAACUAACACAGCCAAGGUGUUCAUUGAGGUGCAGGAUGAGAACGACCACCCUCCUGUUUUCUCCAGGACCCUCUACAUUGGCGGCGUGACGGAGGACACCAAGAUCUUCAGCUCUGUGCUCAAGAUAGUGGUGGAUAUUAAAAUUCUCCCACGCUCAAGCCACCAAAGCCUGUAA